UCGUACUCCAGUUGCUGCUGUUACUGUGGCUAAAGUGGCUGUUGGCUGUUAGCUGCUGAGCUGUCGCUGUAGCUGUCACUGCCUGUUGACUGUUGGCUGUUGGCUGGCGGCGUUUACGUCAGAGUUACAAACUGUGCUAAGAAAUCUUAUGAGUGUAUACGCAUACUUAUAAACAUUGCGCGAUCGCAAAGUCUGACUAAACUAAAAUAAUAAAACCAAAAACCAGCUAACCAGAGGCAGUGCGAAGUACAAAACAAAACAAAACAAAACAAGAAGUGAUCUUUUUAAAAAAAAAAAAACAAAAACAAAUAAAAAAAUACAUGGAUCGUGGUGUGGAUCCUGAACCAUCGAACAGAAUGGAGACAUCGGCGACGACGACGACGACGCCGCCGACGCCGGACUUAAACAGAGCGGAUGCGUCCCGGAAAAGCGUUCGCCUCUAUGCGGCGCGCAAGGGAUUGGCGCCGGCUCCGCCCAAAUUGGCGCUGGCAACGAGCAACAACAAUACCAGUAGUAAAAAUAAGAAUAACAAAAGUGAUAGCGAAAACUUGCCCGAUUACAGUGCACACCUUGCCAGUUCAGCGACGACUGCAAAGGAACUCGAUCUCAGCGAUGCGCAGCAUGUGGACUACGAUGCACUCGUGGAACUGCGCAGACCGGGCGACAUAGCCUUAGCCCCGCCACGUGUUGCGGUCUCGGCGAUUCCUGCUUUUCAAUUGCCAAACAAAAGAAGUCAAAAGGCUGCGCCGCGAGUUCAGAUGUCCGCCGAGGAUGAUGUGGGCGUCGCUUUCGCAUUGGGCUCCAUUGAGCAGCACAUUCUGAAUGUUGAGGAGAGCUUUAAACAGCAGCAACUCAGUGAAAAUCAACAGCAGCAGCAGCAGCAGCAGCAGCAACAGUCUCAGUCGUCCAUGGAUGUAAUGAAAAUGGACAUAAUGCGCAAACAGAGCAAGCGCUACGGCGAGACGGAAAACCUGCUGCGGCCGGGCAUCAGCGACAUGUCCUCGGAGAACGACUUUCAGUACCUGGGCGGACGGCGAUCCCAACUGGACGACAGCAACGAGCAAAUGCUAACGGAAUUUCAAAGAGGCAGCGAUGGACGCAAUUCAAUUGGCGCCUACUCGAAGAACUCGGCCGCUGCUGCCGGCGGACCCUCAGGUGCGCUGAAGGCAAAGCUGGCUCGGACUGCCUCGGACACGAAGAACACAGAUUCGGUGCUGGCGAUGCGCGCCACCUUGAAACAAAAGCAGCAGCAUCACGAUGUAAAGCAGGAGCCGGCUCAUGGCAGAUGGCGACCGACGACGACAGCAGCUCCUACGCCGGCAGCUAGAUCCACAGCAAGCCGGGGCAACAGCAGCUCGAGCGUUACGGACGGGGGCUCCGCAUCGAAGCUGACUGCCACCACAAUAUCGUCAUCCAAGCGACGCGAAGAGAAUCUACGCCAGUUUGAGGCGCUGCUGGCACAAAAGUCCUCGCAGCCGCAUCGGCAUGCGGCUGCUGCAGCAACUGUAUCUAGCUCUGGGUCGAACGCGACAUCUGGCGGAAGCACGAGCGCAUCAAAGCGGCGCUCCGAGCGUCCCAUUGUGGCCCCCAUACCGCCCUACAACUCAAGCCGUCCCCCAGUCGAGCCAAGGCCCGGACACCAACGUGCUGCUCCCAACGCGGCUGUGGCACGUACCAAUGUAUACAGCAACAAUGUUGCUCAGGGAUCCCCGAAUCUGCAGAUGCGAAGCAGUGCUCCGAUGCGAUGGCGCGCCACUGAGGAGCAUAUCGGCAAAUACAAGCUCAUCAAGACGAUCGGAAAGGGAAACUUUGCCAAAGUAAAACUGGCAAAGCAUCUGCCCACUGGCAAGGAAGUAGCAAUAAAGAUAAUUGACAAAACCCAAUUGAACCCUGGGUCACUUCAGAAACUAUUUAGAGAGGUUAGGAUAAUGAAAAUGCUUGAUCACCCCAACAUAGUUAAACUUUUUCAAGUUAUCGAAACGGAAAAGACGUUGUAUCUCAUCAUGGAAUAUGCAUCGGGGGGUGAGGUCUUCGACUAUUUGGUACUACACGGACGCAUGAAAGAGAAAGAGGCGCGGGUUAAAUUCCGUCAAAUUGUAUCGGCUGUGCAAUACUGUCAUCAGAAGAGGAUUAUACACAGGGACUUAAAAGCUGAAAACUUAUUACUGGACAGCGAGUUGAAUAUUAAAAUAGCUGAUUUUGGUUUUUCGAACGAGUUUACGCCUGGCUCCAAGUUAGAUACCUUCUGCGGCAGCCCACCCUACGCAGCGCCCGAGCUCUUCCAGGGCAAAAAAUACGAUGGACCGGAAGUGGAUGUUUGGUCGCUGGGUGUUAUUUUGUAUACAUUAGUGAGCGGAUCCCUGCCUUUCGACGGUUCCACUUUAAGGGAGCUACGUGAACGUGUACUCAGAGGCAAAUAUAGAAUUCCAUUCUAUAUGUCGACUGAUUGCGAAAAUUUGCUGCGCAAGUUUCUAGUACUAAAUCCCGCAAAACGUGCUAGUCUUGAAACAAUCAUGGGAGACAAGUGGAUGAAUAUGGGGUUUGAGGACGACGAGCUCAAGCCCUAUAUUGAGCCAAAACAAGAUUUAGCCGAUCCCAAGCGGAUAGGUAAGACGGAAGCUCUAGUCGCGAUGGGCUACAAUCGACAGGAAAUCGAAGCGUCGCUGGCUCAGGUGCGAUAUGACGACGUCUUUGCCACAUAUUUGCUGCUCGGCCGCAAGAGCACUGAUCCUGAAAGUGACGGGUCGCGGUCCGGAUCAUCGCUCUCGCUGCGCAACAUUUCUGGUAACGAAGCCGGCGUCAAUGCUGGCAAUGCGGUUGUGCAAAGUCCCACGCAUCGUGGCGUUCACAGAAGUAUAUCGGCGUCGAGUACCAAGCCCAGUCGUCGAGCUUCGUCCGGUGCGGAAACGUUACGUGUUGGACCCCCAAACGCCAAUACGGCCGUAACAGCUGCUGCAAUUGGCGUGGCACCUGUCAACCCAAGCAAUAACUAUAAUGCUGUAGGAUCAGCCGCCGAUCGUGCAUCAGUUGGUAGCAAUUUUAAACGUCAAAAUACGAUUGACUCAGCAACAAUUAAGGAGAAUACGGCAAGGCUCGCCGCACAGAAUCAGAGGCCAGCGUCCGCCACACAGAAGAUGCUCACCACAACAGACACAUCGCUGAACAGUCCAGCCAAGCCGCGCACAACUGCUAAAUAUGAUCCCACAAAUGGAAAUCGCACAGUUAGCGGCACGAGCGGCAUCAUACCACGUCGCUCCACCACGCUGUAUGAAAAGACUUCAUCGACGGAGAAAACAAAUGUUAUUCCUGCAGAGACAAACAGUGGAUCUGCAGCUAACGCUGGAAAGGGUCAUACUAAAAGCGCGUCUAUUUCAAGCCCUAGGCCAUCCACUGACGGAUGCAUAUCAGUAUCAAUUGACCCCCUUGGAUCGAGAAUGGCAUCGGCUGUUAAAUCAAGCAGACACUUUCCAAGGAAUGUUCCAUCACGUUCAACCUUUCACUCUGGUCAAACCAGGGCACGAAACAACACCGCACUGGAAUACUCUGGUACAAGUGGCGCCUCCGGUGAUUCGCCGCAUCCGGGUCGGAUGAGCUUUUUUUCGAAACUUUCCUCCCGUUUUAGCAAACGUACAUCUACCACGGAAGAGGCAGCUAAGCCAAGAGUUUUGCGAUUUACAUGGUCCAUGAAGACCACAUCCCCGCUGAUGCCCGAUCAGAUAAUGCAAAAGAUAAGGGAAGUGCUCGAUCAAAACAAUUGCGAUUACGAGCAACGCGAAAGGUUUGUUCUUUGGUGUGUACACGGCGAUCCCAACACGGAUUCGUUGGUCCAGUGGGAAAUCGAGGUGUGCAAGUUGCCGCGUCUCUCGUUGAACGGGGUGCGCUUCAAACGCAUUUCUGGUACAAGCAUUGGCUUCAAAAACAUUGCGUCUCGCAUUGCUUUUGACCUCCGUCUGUGACUUAACAAAACGACCAACGAGAGCUGCACAGCCACCACCACCGAAAGCGACACAAAACCAACCACCUCCACUGCCAAAUAUCAGUUGGC